AUGAGCGACCUCAUCGACCUCGCAGUCCUAGAAGGCAUGGCGCACACCGCCACCGAGUCCUCCGUCCUAGCCUCCAACUACGCAGACUACGGUGGUCAAGAUCUCUGGAUGAAGCUCUUUUGUUACACCGCUCCGGAAGCAGAAGCAGCAAUAGAAGCCCACUUUGGGGACGUAGAGCGUGAGGUGAUCAAUGAUGAACAAUUUGAGCGCAUCCGCACUUUCUCCGAUCUUAAGGAUCAUGACAAGGAGAGUUUCGCCUAUUAUCUCAAGCGCUCCGACACAACUUUGGCGCGGUAUUUGCUGCAGCAGGCGGAAGGGCUUGAUACAAAGAGGAGAGAUAAGGGGCAGAAGUAUCUUGUAAAACUUGGACGGGGACUGACGGCGGCGUUUAUACAACGCUUGGCUGGGCUCGCAGAGCCACCAGGGGUGUCCGAGAGCGAGACGGGUGAGACUAUGGCUGCGGUUGUAGACAGCAAGACGAAAGCUGCACUUGAGGAGGCGUUACCAGGCCUGCUCCAGUUUGUGCCCAUAUCAGGUCCACGGAAAGCAGAGAAAUCCUUAUCAUCCUGCUCAAUAGCACCCGCGCUCGGCAUCGACGCCACUCUGCCUCAACAUCGCCCAACCAUGUCCCCUUCACCGGGUCAAGACUCAUAUCCCGUCCCCUACUUCUUCUACGGUAGCCUCGCGGACCCGGAGAAGCUUAGCAGGGUUCUAGAGGUGAAAAGCAAACCAGUCUUGUCGCCUGCAGAAAUUCGGGGAGGGAGGCUAAUGAUCUGGGGUGAGUACUUUGCGCUUGUGGAUGGGACAGAGCAGGACUUUGUGUCGGGUUGGGUGUAUGUAGUUGAGAGUCAAGCGCAUGAGGACAAGCUGAGGUGGUAUGAGACGGGGAAGUAUGAGGUGGUCAGGUGCGAGGUUUGGAGGGGGGGAAAGAAGGGACCUGGUUUGACGUUUAGAUUUUGUGGAAAGAAGGAGGAGUUGGCAUGA